AUGGAACAGACUAACAUGAUAGAAAUAUACAUUAAACAAACAACUGAUGAGAACAUCACUUGCCAAAUAGAGCCAGAUAAAACUAUUGAUGACCUUAAAAAAAUGAUCCAAAAAAAGAAAGGUAUAUCGGCUGACCAACAACGAAUCAAUUUUGCUGGAAAACAAUUAGAAGAUGGAUCAACACUAACUCAUUAUGGAAUACAUAAUGGAGCUACAUUACACCUAGUUCCUCGUAAGCGUGUUGAAGCUCCACCUACGUUAGAUCUUUCAAGUCUCGAUCCACAAUAUGAUUAUGAUUUUACAAAUGUGAAAGAUUGCAAUCAUAAAUUCCGAUGA